GCCCCGCCAGCCCGGACUUUACCUCCCGGCCGGGCCCGCGUCGUUCCGGGCCAUGUGAGCCGCGGGGCCGGGCCGCGGGGCCUCACCGGCUGCGGGAUGGAGCGCAGGAAGGUCUUCGUGGCGCUCGACGUGCUCUGCCUGGCGGUCGCAUCUCUGCCCUUCAUCAUCCUGACACUGGUGAACUCCCCGUACAAGCGAGGCUUCUACUGCAGUGAUGAUUCCAUCCGCUACCCCUACAAGGCAGACACCAUCACCCACGGUCUCAUGGCUGGGGUCACGAUCACCUGCACUGUUGUCGUUAUCUCAUCGGGGGAGGCAUACCUGGUCUACACUGAGCGCCUCUACUCCAAGUCAGAGUUCAACAACUACCUGGCUGCCCUCUACAAGGUGGUGGGGACCUUUCUCUUUGGGGGGGCCAUCAGCCAGUCCCUGACUGAUCUGGCCAAAUACAUGAUCGGCCGUCUUCGGCCAAACUUCCUGGCUGUCUGCAAUCCUGACUGGUCCAAGGUGAACUGCUCCAUCUAUGUGCAGCUGGAGAAUGUCUGCCAGGGAGAGAGCAGGAACAUCACUGAGUCCAGACUGUCCUUCUACUCGGGACACUCCUCCUUUGGGAUGUACUGCAUGAUGUUCUUGGCGCUCUAUGUGCAAGCCCGGCUGGUGGGAAAGUGGGCCCGGCUGCUGCGUCCCACCAUCCAGUUCUUCCUCAUCACCUUCGCCAUCUAUGUGGGCUACACCAGGGUGUCCGACUACAAGCACCACUGGAGCGACGUGCUGGUGGGGCUGCUCCAAGGGGCUCUCAUUGCCGUCCUCAUUGUCCGCUACGUCUCUGACUUCUUCAAGCACCGUCCCCCACAGCAGUGUGAGGAGAAGGACCCAGAGCGCAAGCCCAGCCUGCCGCUCACCCUGAGCGACCCUGACCACAAUCACUACAGCUACCGCGGCGCCCCGUGAGCCGCGCACGGCCCGCGCACACCGGACUGCAGACCUGCCCCUUGCCGUGCUCUGCUCCUGGCUCAGGGAUGGGGAUGCUGGCUCUAUAUUAACUGUUGGCUCCGUGGCUCUGGUGCCUCUGGCUGCCACAGGUGCCAGCAGGACAGCCCUGCCUGUUCCCACUCCCGCAGUGCUGUGGUGCCCAGCUCCCCGUGCCCACAGUGCUGCUGUGCUUGCCGGUACCUGGUGAUGCCAGUGCCCUGCCUGUGGGAAGGGGAUGUCCUCAACCCCUGUGCAUCUGAGUCAUGCUCCAAAGCUGCUGUCCCAGCCUUCCACGUGGAGGAAGGGGAGGGAGGGGAGGGUGGCACGUGAGGAUGGAUUUAUUGGGCUGGCAAAGCACACUGAGCGAAGAGCAAACUCCUUGGCAAGUCUGAGUUUGCCUGUGCUGAGUGUGUGUUGUCCCUGUCAAAUUAUCCAGCCUUCUGAGUACAAAUCCUCACAGGCACAGAGAGAGGAGGACAACUACUGGGCUAGCUAUACUUUUUUGGAAAGGAUUAAAGCAAUCCAGAGCUUUU